AAGUAGCAAGUGGAAGAAUAAAAUUUUCUCACAUAUGAGCUGUGCUGAUUUUACUGCAAGAAUGCUCAUUUAUCUAGAUGUUUGUUUUGCUCUUACGAACCAGGUGUCAACCAGUGCAAAUAGAGAGGGAGGGAGGAACUGGGAGAGAGUGGCCGGCUGAUGCCCAAGUUGUAUUGAAACCAUGUUUUUUUAGGUCACCCCAAAAUGAUUUAUCGUAGUUGUCAUUAUUUUAUUUGAAAAAUAUAACAUUUUUUUUGCCCAUCUGCACAAAAUAGAGAAAACAUCAAAAAGUCUGAAAGUGACACUCUUGUAAACACAACAGUGCCUGGGCCAUUGCAUUUGGUCCAUUUGUGGGGUUAGGACUGAUUGGAGACUUCCUCAUAUAUUUAAAAUGCACACAAUUUUUUCUGCAGCCGUAUUCAUGAAAAGGUGGAAAUAAGUGAGCCGAAAGAGACAUUUUGUAUUUUGUAGGAGCGUCCAACUGUGUGAACUGCUUUCAGUCACCAUCAUGGUGCCAUAUGUUUCUGGCAAGCUGCAGACUUUGACCUCAUUCUAUCACCUCUGAAACAGUGUUACUCUUUGCAAAUUAACUCCCAUCUGAUCACUUACUCCCAGGGAGGGCUCGUCUCAGCUCAGUACGGAUGUUCUGAUUUCAGCAGUCGCAGGUGAUCUUGCCAGCCGUUUCAUCUCAUUCCUAGCUCACAUAUAUGACACUCGAACUUGUGAGGAUGAUGAUCGUAGAAGGCUGGAAUUCGUGUUGCUAAGGAUCCACACUGUUGUUGAGGAAGCAGAGGGGUGGCACAUCACAAAUCGAAGAAUGUUCUUGCAGCUUAAGGCACUCAUUCAGGGUGUGUAUCUUGGGCAUUACAUGCACGAUAGGCGCAAGGCAGUCUCAGGAAGUACUUGUUUGUUGUGGAUUUCAUCUAUGAUGUGGCUGAGGCGACAUGGACAAACUUCCAAUCAUAUUUGCAGAAGUUGCCAGGCACUGAGAUCAAAAUUGUAGUGACAGGCAGAGCAGAGCAAGUUGCAAACUUGGGGACUGCUCAACCCAUCAGGCUGAAGAGUCAGUCUCAAGAAGAGUACUGGUACUACUAAAAGGCACUUGCCUUUGGAAGCAUGGAUCCUGAUGAGCAUCCGAAACUGGCGUCUUUGGGUAUGCAACUAGCAACACUCUUACAGGGAUCAUUUCUUGGUGCAAAUAUACGAGCCACUAAGAGCGAGCCCAAAUGCUCAAUUCUGGCGUGGUGUAUCAUGUAGCAUAAGGGGACUGGCUCACAAGCACUUGAGGUUCUUCGGCACUCACCCAGAGGAAUUUCUGGGAAGAAUACUCCUCUGAAUUACACCAAUGUGACCUUAGUGGGUGGUAAAGCUCAAGGAUGCCAUGUAUAUAUGAUCUUAGGGAGGAGAGCUGCCAAAGCUGACAUCGCUGACACCCAUCUUGAGGUGUUCCUGUCGAAGACAAGUUUGAGGUGUUGGUAUGGAGAUCUCGGAUCCUGCCUUGCUGUGAUUAUGUUUUUACUUACGAGAAACAGAAGCACCAUCGUAGCAUCAGCAAGAAGAAUCACCUGGCACAUAAGAAACAUCAGCAUGAAUGUUAAUUUGGCCAACAGAGGUGCACGGAGGAGUUAUCUGUAUCCCCAUCCUUAUUCUAGAUGUAAUUCGAACCUUUUUGCUAAUAUGCACUUUUUAAACGGGAUAUGUAAAGGGCAGUCACUUCCUAUUGCUACAUUGAGUUGUGUAUGCCAUGCAAAUCUCAUGAAGGGCACAUCACGCUUCUGACUAUUCUCAUGUGUAUGCUCAAUUCAGUUUAACCCAGUAUGUGUCGAUGACUAACUGGCUUCAGCCACAUGCCCACACCUUUGAAUCAUUGUGCUGGCAGUUCCAUUUCUUGACUUUUAGUCGCCUUAGUGCUAUGUUUCUUUUAAAGAGAGAAAAAGGUAUUGACAAUUGCUUCCUGGUCAAGGCUCACAAUAUAGAUGCUUAUCUCUGCGGUUGCUAGUGAUGGAGGAUGACCUGAAGAAGCUGAGGUGCUCCAGCCAGCGAUCCUCACCGACCAUUAUCGAGAAGGCGGAGGUGCAGCAAAAAACUAACUGAGAAAAGGUCCUCCGCUCAAGGGGCUCAAGAUCUUGGCAUGGAGGUUCUGAUUUCAGCUGUGGUGGGUGAUCUUGUCAGCCGGUUCAUCUCUUUCCUGGCGCAAAAUUAUGGCACUCAAACAUGUGUGGAGGAGGACCGUAGAAGGCUGGAACUCAUCUUACUAAGGAUGCACAUGGUUGUUGAGGAAGCAGAGGGGCGGCAAAUCACAAAUCGAGGGAUGUUCCUGCAUCUGAAGACACUCAUCGAUGGUGUGCAUCUCGGGUACUACAUGCUUGACAGGCUCAAGUUCCAAUCCCUUGGAGAAGAGAGCGUUGAAGAUGAUGAGGUGAGUAACUGGAGCCAGUCUCUUGCCGUUUCUACUUUUAGCGCCGCCAAGCGUCUUCGUCUUGCUGUUGCUGCUUCUAUAAUGAAGAACGCACCAGUAGCAUUUGGUACUGGGAGCACGACAAAUUUGAAAAGGGUUCUUGAAAGUUUAGAGGCCAAGACUGCAGAUAUGAGAGAGUUCGUCGUGCUCCUCGGCAGCUGCCCUCGUCUUCCUCGUCAGCCAUACUGUGUGCACCUAUACAUGGAUAAGUGCAUGUUUGGUCGCCACGUUGAGAAAGAGCAACUCAUCAACUUCUUGCUAUGUGAUGACAGUCAUCACGAUUGCACACAUAUUAGCAUCCUGCCGAUCAUCGGCCCACACAGAAUCGGGAAGAAAACUCUGGUGCAGCAUGCUUGCAAGGAUGAGAGGGUGUGCAAUCAUUUCUCCCACAUGUUUUUCUUCAAAGGAGAUGAUCUACGGAACGGAGUAUUUGCAUUUAACAACCAGGCAGCCUCAGGGAAGUACUUGUUUGUUGUGGAUUUCAUCUUCGAUGUGGAUGAGGCAGCAUGGACAAACUUCCAAUCAUAUCUGCAGAAGUUGCCAGGUGCUGGGAUCAAAAUUGUAGUGACAGGCAGAGCAGAGCAAGUUGCAAACUUGGGGACUGCUCAACCGAUCAGGCUGAAGAGUCUGUCUCAAGAAGAGUACUGGUACUACUUCAAGGCACUUGCCUUCGGAAGCAUGGAUCCUGAUGAUCAUCCGAAACUGGCAUCUUUGGGCAUGCAACUAGCGGCGCUCCUACAGGGAUCAUUUCUUGGUGCAAACAUACUCGGCGAGCUACUAAGAGCUAAUCCAAGCACAGAAUUCUGGCGCGGAGUAUUAUCGAGCAUAAGAGUACUUGUUCGCGAGCACAUGUCGUCCUUCGGCACGCACCCGGAGGACCUCCUUGGUAGAAAUUUUCCUGUGAAUUUCGGCAGUGCGGCCUUGGUGGGUGGUCCGGCUCAGGGAUACCUGGUGUAUGAUCUUAGGGAGGCUGGCCCUGCUCAAAGUGAGCUGCCAAAACUGACAUCGCAAGAACUACUGACAGGCCGUGAUAUACCUGUUGAAGACAAGUUUGAGGUGCUAGUAUGGAGAUCUCGGAUCCCGCCUUACUGCGACUACGUUGUUACUUACGAAAAACAGAAGAAUCAUGUGGCAGUGAGAAAACGUCAGCGCAAAAGUUAAUCUGGCAAACAGAAGUGCACAAAGGAGUUAGAUCCCCUUCCUUAUAGUUUAGUAAAUUAUUAUUCCCUGUUUUUUGAGAACCUAUUAUUCGUUUUCCUAUAUACUGAUAUACUAUGUGUGUAUGCACUUUUUAGAUGGGGUAUGUGAAGUGCAGUGAGUUACUGUUGCUAGCCUGAGUUGUGUGUACGUAAUAGAAGCCCUCGUGUAAGGAAACUGCUUAAAACUUGUGACUACUGUGUCUGUGUGUGACCAUUUCAAUGUAACUCCCCAGUGUGUGUUGGUGGCUAGUUGGCUUUAGCCACACCAAGUUCCACGUAGUCUUUGUACGCAGCACUUGCCUUCCUUGACUGCCA